UCGAGUAAUGGAUAACGCGAUUUAAAGGCAAUUCUAAAUUCUGUCUAAUUUUGACGGAAUAAAAUAUAUUUCCAAAAAUGUAUAAUUAAAUAAGAAUUGGUGUACACCAUGGAAUCUAAGCAUCAUUUAUUGCUAAUUUGGUUUACAUUGUGUUUUGAUUACUUGUGCCAUGGCCGCGAAAUUCUAUUCGUUAUCUCUUGCCCACGCGAGGGAUUAAAGAAUUGCCGAAAAAUGGAAGAGAAUCUGUGGCAACAACAGCAGCAAAUAACCAAGAUGAUCCCAAUGGAUUAUGAUUACGCCAUUAAGGUUCACAUAAUGCAUGAACUAUUCAAUUACUGGACACUGCUCGACGCGUUGCCACAUUUGCGAAGCCAGACACGUCUGCUAAAUGCCAACACCGAAUGGAUUAUUUGGUGUCAGCAAAACACGAACGUGUCCUCCCUGCGUGCUCUGCUCGACCAGCUAAAUCGCCAGGAUGCCCAAGAGAUGGUCUACUAUGGACACGCCUUGUAUGAUGCUGAGGCAACGAUAGUGCAUCACUUUGCGCACUACAAGAAUCCAACUUGGUUCCCAUAUCCAAUGCUGAGUUCUGGCGUUGUUUUCACAGGUGUUUUACUCCGCAGCCUGGCCGAACUUGUUGCUGCUAAUCCCCAAAAUGUCACCAGGCACAGCGAAUUCGCCAUAGAUGCGGCGCAUGAGUUGGCCCGAUUCAUUUUCGAUAAUUUAGCACCUUCAUUGCCAAAUGAUGAUGAUGAUGAUGAUGAUGAUGAUAGCAGCAGAAACAGUGUCGAAAAAGACUUGUUACAGCGCAGAAUAAUUUUGAAAAGUGCUGCCUACAUUUGUCCCUCGGCGAACUUGUCGCCAGCCUGGUCUGGAGAGUUGCCAUCUCCAGAGACGCCGAAAGGCAAGCGAACAAUAACAACGAAGUCGAAGUUGAAGCCGAAGCCUGUGUCUUGUAUGUUGCAUGCAACUCCUGAAACGGCUGCUGGGAAUGUCGAACAUUGUGUGCACACAACUGGGGCUCACAUCUAUUUUGCAAUCAAAACCUGUGCAAAAUUCCAUAAGGAGCGAGUACCAAUCAUCGAACGCACCUGGGCGCAGGAUGCCAGGCAGCGCAAAUACUACAGCGAUGUGGCAGAUGCCAGCAUACCGACAAUCAGCACCGGGAUACCAAAUGUUGCAACUGGACAUUGUGCCAAAACAUUGGCAAUUUUGCAAUUAUCCCUCAAGGAUAUCAGACAGUCAACGGACAUUCGUUGGCUGGUGCUCGUCGAUGAUGAUACGCUACUGAGCGUGCCUCGAUUGGCCGCUCUGCUGAGCUGUUACAAUCACACGGACCACAUUUAUCUGGGCGAACGCUAUGGCUAUCGAUUGUAUGCGCCGGAUGGCUUCAACUACCACACGGGUGGCGCUGGGAUUGUGCUCAGUGUGCCGCUCGUGCGGCUCAUAGUGGAGCAUUGCAGCUGCCCUUCUCCGAGUGCGCCGGAUGACAUGAUCCUCGGCUACUGUUUGCAGACGCUGGGUGUGCUGGUGUUGCAUUCCUCCGCCUUCCAUCAAGCACGACCCCAGGACUAUUCUGCGGAUGUGUUGCAACUAAAUGCGCCCAUUUCGUUCCACAAAUACUUGCAGACAACGCCGGAGCACACGUAUAAACGGUGGCUGGGUGGCCAGCCACCGGACAACGCCACCAUACGUCAUGUAUCUGGCAAGGAUCAGCAGGCAAUUCCAAUUCCACUUAGUGGACAUGGGCUGCUGCAGCUGGCCAAUGUGCCAACAGGAUUAGAUGGGUCCACAAAGCAUCUGGAUCUAUAGUUGUUUGCAGAUGAGAAAGCAACAAAGACAGCAAGAAGGUCGAAAAAAGUAUAUGAUCACUUAAAUAUAACUUUUCUUUUGAUGGAAAUUCUUAGUCACAAAAUAUUAAGCAAAGUGAUUGAAGUAAAUGCUUUCAGAUGAUGUUUGUAUAUAUAUCAAGUGAUAAAAUAAU